CUCUUCUCCGUUCCUUCCUUAUUCUUCAGUGCAGUGUGAAGGGCGUAUAAUCCAUAUUCUCAUGGCUUCCGUUGCAUUCAGAAACCUAAAUUCUAAGCGCUUCCUUUUCUCUUUGCAUUUCACAAAUGCUAAUUACCAUUCACUCUCUCGUGGAACUUGCACCGUCAUAUCCCAAAACUGCAAUAAUGCACCUCCUUUGGAGCUCGUUUCUCUACGGAGAUCCUUAGCCACUUUCGCUCGAACAAAGCCCCAUCUUAACGUGGGCACAAUUGGGCAUGUUGAUCAUGGGAAAACCACACUGACUGCUGCAAUUACCAAGGUGCUAGCUGAAGAAGGUAAAGCUAAGGCCAUUGCCUUUGAGGACAUAGACAAGGCUCCCGAGGAGAAGAAGAGAGGGAUUACUAUUGCGACUGCUCAUGUAGAGUACGAGACAGCAAAGAGGCACUAUGCCCAUGUUGAUUGCCCAGGACAUGCAGACUAUGUUAAGAACAUGAUAACUGGAGCUGCACAAAUGGAUGGUGGAAUUCUUGUCGUUUCUGCUCCUGAUGGGCCAAUGCCUCAAACAAAGGAACAUAUACUGCUUGCUCGUCAGGUUGGUGUGCCAUCAUUGGUCUGCUUUCUAAAUAAGGUUGAUGCUGUUGAUGAUCCAGAGUUGCUUGAACUUGUGGAAAUGGAGCUUCGUGAACUGCUUAAUUUCUACAAAUUUCCUGGGGAUGAUAUUCCAAUUGUACGAGGUUCUGCUCUGGCUGCAUUGCAGGGAACUAAUGAAGAACUUGGAAAGAAGGCUAUCUUAAAACUAAUGGAUGCUGUGGAUGAAUACAUUUCGGAUCCUGUGCGGCAACUUGACAAACCUUUCUUAAUGCCAGUAGAAGAUGUUUUCUCAAUUCAGGGGCGUGGAACUGUUGUGACUGGUCGUGUUGAACAAGGCACCAUCAAAGUAGGUGAGGAGGUUGAAGUAUUGGGACUAACACAGAGUGGACCUUUGAAGACUACUGUAACUGGUGUGGAAAUGUUCAAGAAAAUUUUGGAUCGAGGGGAAGCUGGUGAUAAUGUGGGACUUCUUCUACGUGGUCUGAAGCGCGAUGAUGUACAGAGAGGAAUGGUCGUGACCAAGCCUGGUGCAUUUAAAACAUAUAAGAAGUUUGAAGCAGAGAUUUAUGUUCUCUCAAAAGAUGAAGGUGGCCGUCAUACUGCUUUUUUCUCUAAUUAUAAGCCACAGUUUUACUUGAGGACUGCAGAUGUUACCGGAAAGGUGGAAUUACCGGAAAGUGUUAAGAUGGUUAUGCCUGGUGAUAAUGUGACUGCUACUUUUGAGCUGAUAUCACCUGUUCCUCUUGAAAUAGGACAAAGAUUUGCUUUGAGAGAGGGAGGCAGAACAGUUGGUGCAGGAGUUGUUUCCAAAGUGAUGGCCUAGGAUGUUGGUCUAAAUUCUACAACAUCUUUUGUAAUUUGUAAAUAAGUUGAGUAGGGACUGAGAGCUAUGUUCUAGGAGGAUUCUAUGGUGUGACUAUUUUUUGACACUUGGUGCGCUGGUUCCGUUUCAAUGUGUUUUGUUUUGUUUAUUUUAGAGAAUUAUACUAGUUCAUUAUGUUUUUCGUGGACCAGAGGGAAAAUGGUUCAAAUUUUUUGGUUUAGUUAAUAAUGUCAAUUUCUUUAAGAUUCCUUUC